GGACAAUCAGAAUCUUUCAGCUUUUAAAAUCUUUGGUAACUUUAAAUCCAAAAUAUUAAUUAUACCCUUUUUAUUAUUGCUACUGCUUAAGCCUGUUUUAUUUCCUACAUCACGGGCGAAUGAAUACAUGACUAUAACAGAUUGUCUGGAAACCAAGUCCAAAAUAGGAAGGAAAUUAAGUGAGAGGAAGCCCAUGGUAGGAUAGUUUUACCAUGAGAGAGGGUAAAUUAUAAUAUGGAAUUCCCCCAUUUUCAUUAUAUGCAGUUUGGUGUCUUAAACAUAUCUGAGACAUUCUGAUUUCUUAGGUUUUGAAAUUUCAGUGUUUAUUUGUAAAAAUCUUGUUAUUAUGGAGAAUGUCAAAUAAAUAUAAAAGUAGACAGAAGACUGAUGAACUCCAGGUAUAUUUGUUUUCCCCACCUGACCAGUCUUCAUCUUUUCCUUCACCUCUUUUCUGAGUUAUUUUGAAGCAAAUUCCAGACAUCGCAUUAUUUCUUACAAACAAACAAAAACCAAACAACAAAAAUUUAUAUAUGACAAUGAUGUUCACAUCAAAAUAAUUAGGUGUAAGCUCCCCAGCACCUCCCCACAAAUGAAAUAAUACUCUAAUAUUAAAAUAACUAGUGUUCAAAUUUCUAAUAGUUUUAUACUUAUAGAUGAUAAUUUUUAUUAAUUUGCACCUUAGAGGAAAGUUUGAAGUUAUGCCAAAUAAUUUAUACAACAUUUUAAUUCCUGCCUCAUAUUUAUAUCCCUGAGUAAAAUCCCAGAGAUUACAAAAUAAAAUUUUAUUUCCUAUCUUCCUGGACAGAAAAUAUCUCUGACCUCUCUUCUGGCAAAGUGAAUAGACCUUUACUUGACCUUCUUACUUUCUCACAACUCCUUUCCGGCUUGAGGCUUCCUGGUUGUACUCUUCUUGUUUGCAGGCCUUAGGGAGCCUGGGCAUUCUGUACUGAGGAAACAGAACUCAGGGCUGCAUAUUGCAGAAGUCCAUCUCACCUUUGCAAUGGUGCUCUUAUGAUUACUGGAGCAUUUGUUUACCAAGCAAGCAUCAGGAUUUGCUCGGGGCUCUUCGGGAAGACUAACAUCCAACGAAGGAGAUGGAGAGGCUCCUGCUCAUUGACCAUUGAGGCAUAAGUCUAAGGUACAUUUACUCAUGAGAGAGUUUUGGAGUUAAGAGAGUGGUAAAGCUUUAUUACAGUGACUCCUUCUCCCUAAGUCUUAUUUACAGCAUAUACCAGCAAGUGUCUAGCAUAUUUUUGUAGUAAUUUGAUUUUUAUAGCUUUCAUUGUAACGGGAUUUAACCUGUAACAUCUUUUCUCAGAAAAAUGCAGAUUACGCAGAUGAAAGUAUCACAUAUCACCAUUUGUACUUUCUGUACUUUGUAUCAAAUGUACUUAACUAUAUGUGACAGAUAUUAUUGAAUAUGUGUCCGUGGAAACAUUAGAAGCCUUUUGCAGAUAGCUUUAUGAAUAUGGAUAUUUGUUUAUAGAGUAUGACAAACAUGUACUGUUUAUAUAAAACAUGUAUUAAAAUGUCUGGAAUGUUAUUUUGGUGUAUGAUGGAUGAGAGUGGUUGCUUUUAAAUCACGAGGUCUUUUGAAUGCUGCUAGAGUAGCUGGUGUUGCUUAACAUGGCAUUUUUUCCCCUGUCCACACUUUCCACCCUUGGUACAGGUAUUUUUGAUAAGCUGUGGAAUGGAAAGAGGUCCUGUAAUAAGGAGGGAUCCGAACAAGCUCAGAAAGAAAAUGAAUUUCAAGGAGCUGAGGCCAUGGUUCUGGAAAGUGUUAUGUUUGCCAUUCUUGCAGAAAGGUCUCUUGGGCCAAAACUGUAUGGCAUCUUUCCUCAAGGACGACUGGAGCAGUUCAUCCCGAGCAGACGAUUAGACACUGAAGAAUUAAGUUUACCAGAUAUUUCUGCAGAAAUAGCUGAGAAAAUGGCCACAUUUCAUGGUAUGAAAAUGCCAUUCAAUAAGGAACCCAAAUGGCUUUUUGGAACAAUGGAAAAAUAUCUAAAUCAAGUGCUGAAAAUUAAGUUUACUGAAGAAUCCAGAGUUAAACAGCUCCAGAAGUUCCUCAGUUACAACCUUCCUUUGGAACUAGAAAAUCUGAGAUUAUUACUUGAAUCUACUCUGUCUCCAGUUGUAUUUUGUCAUAAUGACUGUCAAGAAGGUAAUGUCUUAUUGUUGGAAGGCCACGAGAAUUCUGAAAAACAGAAACUGAUGCUGAUUGACUUUGAGUACAGCAGUUAUAAUUACAGAGGAUUCGACAUUGGGAAUCACUUCUGUGAAUGGAUGUAUGAUUAUACCUAUGAAAAGUACCCUUUCUUCAGAGCAAAUAGUCAGAAGUAUCCUACCAGGAAACAGCAGCUCCAUUUUAUUUCCAGUUACUUGGCUACAUUCCAAAAUGACUUUGAAAACCUCACUAGUGAAGAAAAAUCCACUACAGAGGAAGAAAUGUUGCUUGAAGUCAAUAGGUUUGCCCUUGCUUCCCAUUUCUUCUGGGGACUUUGGUCCAUUAUACAGGCCAAGAUUUCGUCCAUUGAAUUCGGGUACAUGGAAUAUGCCCAAGCCAGGUUUGAUGCCUAUUUCGAGCAGAAGAGGAGACUGGGGGUGUGACUGAGGACUCCACCCCCUCCACCACUGGACUCCCUGGAGGCAGCCAA